GCUCCCCACUCCGCGUCCGUCACGUGACCUGAGACGUGCCGCAUUCCAGCGGCGCCUAGCGGUCAAUGUCGAUUCAAAGUCGCGCGCAUCAAGACGUACUCUCUCGCUCUCGCCACGAUAAUCAGAUACAGAUGUGAUUAUAUAUUAUUUCUUACGAAUUUGGCGUUGCAGCACCGAAGGAUUCGGUUCGGGCCAAGCAGAAUCAACUAAAAGAUCUAAAUACGAAACCUGUGGCCGAUUUUGAUCAGCGAUGUCGAUCGAUUCUUGCAUGUACGUCUAUUUUGCUGCACGGAUGUCAUGUCAUCGCUUGAUUUAAAUAAAUUGAAGAGAAGAAAACCAGAAGUCUCCGAACGACCUAAGAAAAAGAUAGAUAGAUUCGAUGGAUUGUCCGAAGAAGAAGUACAAAAGUUUACAUUGGAUGAUUACUUGGAGAUGAAUCUGGAUUUAGUCUUUGUUGGAAUCAAUCCAAGUUUAAUGGCAGCGCAUCGUGGUAGAUAUUAUGCGGGUCCUGGUAAUCACUUUUACAAACUGCUACACGAGUCUGGUUUAACACCGAGAUUUGUCAGCUUCGAAGAAGACUAUAAGCUUUUGCAAUACAGUAUCGGCUUAACAAAUAUUGUAACACGCCCCACUAGAUCUGCUGCAGAUCUCAAACGGACAGAGAUUAAAGAGGGUGCAAAAGUAGUGGAAGAAAAACUAAGAUUAUACAAGCCAAAAAUUGCAGUAUUUAACGGUAAAUGUAUCUAUGAAGUAUUUGCCAACAUCAGAGCUAACUCCAAAUUUUAUUUUGGAUUACAACCUGAAUGCAUCGGUGAUACUGUAAUCUGGGUAACACCGUCGAGCAGCGCGCGAUGUGCCAAUUUUCCCAGAAUGGUAGAUAAGUUGCAUUUUUACACAGCAUUGAAAAAAUAUCUACAGUUCCUGAAAGGCGAGAUCACGGAUGUCGAUGUAAAGGAGUUUCAGUUUGAAGGAAAAUGCAAGCAGUCAGUACCCAGCACUUCCAAAAUGUGGCGACGAAAAAACAUCUCCACUUUUCUGCAUGGAGGCAGAGUUGUCAACAAAAACACACUUUGUCUGGAUACAUCGGAGGAAGAUAUCGCUGCAAUUCAUACAGCAGAAUUUCUAGUAGAAAAAGCUAAUCAGAAAAUGUACAAUGAAGAUGAAGAUAAAUGUAAUUAUGAAAAUAAGAAUCGAGCAUUAUUCGAUAAAAUUACAGUAAAAACUGAAAAGGAUAUGAAAAAAAUAGAAAAAAUUGUAAUUUCUAGCGAUGUCAAUAAUGAAACCGUGAUUGCUAACAGGUCAAAGAAAGAAACUAGCAAUGUUAAUAGAAAAGAAAGUUCUAAUCAUGUAAAUAAUACCAUAAAUGAUGAAAGUAUAACAAGUGAAAAAAAUGAAAAAUGUACAUCUUCGAAAAUCACUCGCAAAACUUCAGAAACUCGGAAUAAUUUUAAAAAUAGUAAUAGAAGUAAUUCAUUAGACUUUAUGAGUUUAAUCAAGCAAAGGUUAUCUCAGAAAAAUAACACAUCUACUACCUCUGAAUUAGAGUCUAGUUAAAAACUAUUUAAUAAAACAAUAAAGAUAAUGAUAA